AUGGUUUUACUGGAUUGUGAGGAGUUUUUAGUGGAAUUAACGAAAAUGAUCCAAGAAGAUUCCACCAACACCAGCAAGUCACUCUGGAUCACAUACAAACGAUAUAUCCCGAAUACGAGAACUUGGAGGCAUAAGAAGGAGGUAGAGAUAGACCCUGACGAGGACCCUGUGUGCCUUAUCAGAGCCAAAAUCGGUAGAAAAAAGAUCUCCACAUACGUCCCGAGCACGAUCUGUGAGAAUUUUAGCGCCGCAAUUAAUCAUAUUUCAGAGUCCAUGAUCAGCCAAUAACCGCAAUUUUCACCAAAUCGCACUUUUCACACAAAUUUUAACACCUAAUCACAGCUUAAAUGAUAUUUUAACACUAAAA